GUACACGCUCUCUCUCGCUCUCUCUUGUUGACACUUUACACGCAGAUACGCUCUUCACAUAGAGGCACCGAUCUUCUCAACUGACGUCAGGUUCCGGCGAAUAUCCGGUCACAUUUCACCGGAAUGUCAGUUUACUGUCACUAGGUUGGCAUCUCCCUCUGAAAUGUUCCCUGCAACGGUGCCGUUUCAAAGUGUCAAAAUGAAUGGGAUUCAGAGUAGAAAAGCUCAGAAUAUAAAUAUAGAUAAACAGUUCGCAGGUGCAGGAUGCCUGGGACGAAUGGUCAACCUUUUUGAUUUGGGCACUGGCGUCCCUGGAAACAGGCUGCUCACUGAUAAACCACAUCACGAUGGUGCUUCACUCUCAAGAAGUCGGUCGGAUGUGGCUAGGAUGUCACCUUUUGCAGAUCAGAUAGAGGAUAAGCUGGUUGUCUCUGAGUUUAGGAGAACUUCAUCAAACAAGAAAGCUAAUGGUACACCCAUGAAAACACUUAUAGCCCAAGAAAUGUCAAAAGAAGUAGUGUCUAAGCAUAACCCGCCCAAUGUGGUUGCCAAGUUGAUGGGUCUCGAUCCCCUUCCACAACAUCAGCCUAGUUCAGCUGCUCAAAGAAGUCAUUCAAAAGGUUAUUCGCGACAUUCUCCAAGUCAUUCGGUGAUACCAUUGGAAUGUUGGGAGCAAGAUCAUGGAUUUCUAGACAAUAGAGUGCCUAGUGAAGUUCAUCGGUUUCAAGAACAGAAUGAUUGCAAGGAUGUGUAUGAAAUCUGGCAGCAGUCUCAACAGGCAAGUUAUUCGAGAGAUAAUUCAAUGCAGAAGGGAAGGUAUAAUGAAACUAUAAGUGAGAAAAAGAUGGCUCUUGUUCGUCAAAAGUUCAUGGAAGCGAAACGUCUAGCCACAGACGAAAAACUUCGCCAGUCCAAGGAGUUCCAGGACGCAUUGGAAGUUUUAAGUUCCAAUAAAGAUUUAUUCCUUAGGUUUCUUCAAGAACCAAAUUCCUUAUUCUCUCAGCAUCUGUAUGAUUUGCAGUCAAUUGCACCACCUCCUGAGACUAAAAGAAUCACUGUUCUUAGACCGUCAAAGAUGGUUGAUAAUGAAAAAUUUACAGGAUCAGGAAACUUGAUUGAUAAACAAUCCAAUAAGCCAGCCCAAGUGGUUCAAGCGACUGGAUGGGAAAGCAAUAGUCCUGGAUACUCUCCACUUUAUGCUAAUCAUAAAGUUAAUGAACAUCCUGCUCAAUCUACAAGAAUAGUGGUAUUGAAGCCUAGCCCUGGGAAGACUCAUGAAGUCAAGGCUGUAGUUUCCUUGCCUUCCUCACCCUCAAGAAUAUCACAUGGUGAAGACUUGUAUGAGGAACCUGAAGAUGACGAGGUGCAAGAAUCAAGAGAAGUGGCAGAGGAGAUCACAAGGAAGAUGCGUGAAACUCUGAUGGGUCACCGAAGGGAUGAGACUUUACUUUCUUCUGUGUUUUCCAAUGGCUAUGUCGGUGAUGAGAGUUCAUUUAACAAAUCAGAAAAUGAGUAUGCAGCAGGACAUAUAAGUGAUUCAGAAGCCAUGUCACCAACUUCUAGGCAUUCAUGGGAUUACAUCAAUAGGUUUGGUAGCCCAUAUUCUUCUUCCUCCUUCAGCCGUGCAUCAUGUUCUCCAGAGUCAUCAGUAUGCAGAGAGGCAAAGAAACGACUUUCUGAAAGAUGGGCCAUGAUGGCGUUGAAUGGGAACUCUCAGGAGCAGAGACAUGUCCGGAGAAGCUCAAGUACAUUGGGGGAGAUGCUUGCUCUUUCUGAUACAAAGAAGUCAGUGAGAUCCGAGGAGGAGGUUAUUAAGAAUCAACAAGAACCGAGGGGCUCAACUUCAUGCUUAACUAGUAAUUUGAAUAAAGAAGAAGGUAUGUGUGAGUCUCCUAAAAAUCUUAUGAGAUCAAAAUCUGUUCCUGUAUCUUCCGCAGUGUAUGGUGCCAGGCUCAAUGUUGAAGUGGCUGAUCCUGAGGCUGGCCAAAAGCAAGUUCCUAAGGAACUGACAAAGACAAAGAGCGGAAAAUCAUUUCUAAAAGGGAGAGUUUCGAGCUUAUUUUUCUCAAGGAAUAAAAAAUCUACUAAAGAAAAAUCCGGUGCAUCACAAUCUGGAGAAGAAUUUCAGUCUGUCACUGCUGAAGCACCAGGGUCAAUUGGACAUAUUCCUGGAAUGGUUAGCAAUGAUACAUCUCAAUGUGUUAACACUAAUGGCCUUGGAGAGUGUUCUCCUGGUCUGCAUCCAUCAAGCAAAACUUCUUCUCCAGAUUUAACUGACAUGAGCAGCAUAGCUUCUCGGGAGGCGGUGUUGUCUGUAUCCAAACCUUUGAUGCGUGGGAACGUUAGUGAGAAUCAGGACCAGCCAAGUCCAAUCUCAGUUUUGGAGCCACCAUUUGAAGAGGAUGACAAUACAUUUCCUGAGUCUUCUGGUAAUAGCAAGCCAGACCACCGAGGAACAGUGGUGCCUCUUAAGCCUAAUUUAAUUGACAAAUCACCACCUAUAGAAUCAAUUGCCCGGACCUUGUCAUGGGAUGAUUCUUGUGCAGAGACGGCCACUCCCUAUCCACUGAAUCCGUCAUCAGGCUCAGGGGCUGAGGAAGAGCAGGACUGGCUGUUCUUUGUACAAACCCUCUUAUCAGCAGCUGGUCUGGAUGGUGAGAUGCAAUCUGAAACAUUUUUUGCCAGAUGGCAUUCGCCUGAAAGCCCAUUGGACCCAUCAUUGAGAGACAAAUAUGCAAGCCUGAAUGAGAAGGAGCCAGUGCACGAGGCAAAGCGAAGACAACGGAGAUCAAACCGUAAGCUUGUAUUUGACUGUGUGAAUACAGCAUUGGUUGAAAUAACAGGUUAUGGAUCAGAGUCAGACAGGAGCAGUAGGGCUGUGUCGUGUAGUGGGGCUCAAAACACCCUGGUAGAGAGUGGAUCACCCAUGCUGGUGGACCAUGUGUGGGGUUGGAUGAAGGAGUGGUUUAGUGGUGAAGGUGGGGACGGCAACAGCCUGGUGGUAGAGAAGGUGGUGAGAAAGGAGGUUGUAGGGAAAGGGUGGGGUGAGCAAAUGAGAAUAGAAAUAGAUAAUUUGGGAAAGGAGAUUGAGUUGAAUUUGUGGGAAGAGCUUGUGGAUGAGGCUGUGGUAGAUCUGACAGACAGGUAGUGUGUUAUGAGGCUUUUCUUUUUGUCUAUUUUUUUUGUAACUCUUUGUCUAAAUGAUGGGUGAAUUCAUGUAUUUUAUUUUCAACAAUGAUGGUCCUACUUCGCCUACUACUCCUACCUGCCAUAUUUGUUUAAAUCAAUCAGUAUUUAUUUAACAUUAU